AAGCAAGGGGGUGAGUCCCUAAAAGUCUCAUGGUUUAGCGGCUCGGAUGAAGAUCGAAGGGAACGACAUCCGUUUGGGUGGUUCCCAACCGACGAUGCUAUGGGCAAUGAAGGGGGCUGACGGCAUGGGCAUGUUUGGGCUCCUAUUUUCAGCAAGCGGAUACGCAUGAGGUUGGGAAUGCCAUCUUAAACUUUACGAAGGGCGCCGGCCUUGCCCGAUGGGUGUGGUUUGUCCAUGAUGUGCGGUGAGGAGGCUGGCCUCAAUGUGUGGUGUUGCUGGCUACAGUGGCGACAGGUGCCGGUAUGCCGGCUUGGCUGUGCGUUCUAUGGAAACCAAGACCCUCAACUACAGUGUACCAACUGUGAGCUCUCAAGGGGAGUGUCAUAUCAUCGAGGCCAUGUCACGGUGGGUAACGUUGCUACGUCUUGGGCACCAUGACAACGGUCGUGGCUGGGCAUGGUUUGAUAAUUGGGAGGCCUACAAGUCACUCCAUGAUAAGGCCCAUUGCUUACAGUCCCAAGAACAAAGAAUAGGAUGAAAUUCACCUAAUCCAAGCGUUCUCACAGAGGUAUUCGCCAACGACGAUGCAUUCCGGACGUUAGCGUAGUUCAGCAUGCAAGACCUCGUAUUCCAGUCACUGUGAUGUUGCUCGCCCCCAUCACAAUUUCAGCUCUCUACUUUCAAUCCACGAUCAAUGCCGUCGAUGAGAUUCUUUCGGUUUGAAAUUGUUAACUUGGCCGUUUGUAUUGUCGCGAAAUAUGGCUUCGACUCCUCCAAGUAGGAGCAACCAUGCAGACAACCCGUAUUCUGCGUGAAUAGAAAACCACAACAGCCCCUUGGCCGCAACAACAUCGACAACAAUAAGGGAACUUUAGCCGAGAAGUCAACAGCAAACUACCAUUAUAUCUGGUCUAGUACGUACCAGCCUCUCAAUUUUUGGUUUGCCAGUGUUCUCAUGUCGUGGUGAUAUUGACCCUGUUACCUACCCUAUACCUCUAGCAAUCGAAUCCGAC